UUUUACCAGAUUUAGCACGUCGUCAUACUCUUAUUAAAGAACGACUAAAAAUUUUUAAAAAUGGAAUUGAUCCUCCAUUAAUGGUAUCAGCCAAAAAAGGAUCAGGAAUUGUAAAAUUAAGAUUUCUAAUUUUGUCUAUAGUUGGAGGAUUAGAAAGAGCAAGAGAGGUUGCUAAUAGAAAAAAGUUGUUUAGAUUUGCUAAUGUUAAAAGUUGGAGAAAUAGUACUUCACGAGAUCAACAAAAAAAAGGACCAUCAUAUUAUGUUAGAUUAAGAAAAGGUCUAAAAAAUCCAAGUAAAAAUAAAAGGACUGACAGGAAAUUCAAGAAGACUUCAAAGGCAAGAAAGUAUAAAUAA